AUGGUAAAACCUGACGUCUACAUCUUUUUCAACAAAUCUCACUACUACCCGGGUGAAACAGUCAAAGGAUAUGUUCUUGUCGAAUUCGAGAAAGACACCCGCGCCAAAUCCCUGAAGAUCGGAUGGGGAGGACUUCUGAGCCGAAGAUGUGGAAGAGGAGAAGUUAAAACUUCGAUUAAUGAGUUGCCGCUGAAGGAAACCGCUGUUUGGGAGGCUGAGAACAAUUGGAACAAGAUCCCCGCUGGUGAGUACGAGUACCCUUUCCGCUUCAAACUCGCAUCAACCGCUCCACCGACCUUUUGGACCAGACCAUGUGACAUUCAAUACCAAGUCAUUGUCAAGCUGGAGAAGCCUCUCUGGAUUUUCAAUACUACCCACAAGAAGGAAUUCAAAGUUUUGAAAGGACUGAGAUUGUCCGUGGAGACCGACGAAAGCGAGACCGAGAGCGAGAGAUGUCCAAAUGCACCGCCAAGGUACGAUGAAAUCGACGGGUGCAGUGUAAGGGAGCCGCUUCCUCCAAAUUAUGAACCCUAA